AUGAGGCGGUUGCUGGGGUCGUCGGCAGGCGGUUCGCGCGUGGGCGUGGCGCUGCUGUUCGUCGCACUCGUCGUCGCAUGGACCGUCGCAUACUUCGCCACGGCGCACUUCACGCUGCUCACUUCGCCGUCCGCCUUCGCUCUUCUCCCAGCCGGCAAUGCCACCUCCCGUGCAUGGCUUCAACGGCUGCAAAGUAGCCUCUCGGUGCGGCCGCAGCAGGGGCAAGCGCCACCGCAACAGCAACAGCACGAGCAACUGGAGCAGGGGCGGCUGGGGCAGCAAAAGGAGCAGAGCGCCGGCCAGCAGAGCAGCGACGAGCGGGACACGCGGGAAGAGAAACCUGCGAAGCAGAACGACUCUGCGUCGCACGCGUCUAAGAACAAACUUCUAACGCAGGAGCAGCAGUCGCAGCAGCACGUGGGGAAACAGGUCGGGAUGAGCUUGACGCUGCUCAAAGCCCAACAGGGCAAGGCCUCAGAACAGCAGCAGCAGCAGCCGCAGCAGCCGCAGCAGCCGCAGCAGCCGCAGCAGCAGCAGGUGGCAGUGCAGCGCCAGGCUGCACACGGCGUGCCAUCUCCCCCUGCUGCCACAGCUGCUGCUGUAAGCGCCAAGCCUAAUGCUGCAAGUGGUGCUAGUGGUGACACUGCUAGUGACAAUACUACUGCCUGUGCCGAGGCAACCGUGACUGCGGCCAACGACGGUCCAGUUGCCAUCUGCCUCGUGGGCGGCGCGCGGGACUUCGAGGCCACGUGGCCGUCCAUCCUGCGCCACGUCAUCAGCCGCUACCCGCCAGCUCACCUCUUCCUGCACUCGCCGCUGGACGAGCGCGCCAGCAAGCUGUGGGCGCUGCUGCUCGCCGCCCCUGUUGCUCCCCCCAACACCACCACCGCCUCCUCUGCUGCUGCUUCUGCUGAUGGUACCACAGCUGCUGGCAGCAACAGCAACAGCACAGAGAGUGCGGUGAGCAUAGCAGCGGUGCGCAUCUUCCCCAGUGCGGACAUCGCAGAGACAGACCAGCACCGCGCGGUGCUCACCAGUAACGGCUCGCCACAUGGCAUCCAGGGUCUGCUGCAGUAUUUCCGUCUCGUGGAGGGCUGUCUCGAUCUCAUAUCAGCCUCUAACGUGGCUCUCAGGCGCUUAUCCGCGUUACAGGACUUGUUCAGUGCAGGGUAUAGGGCGCUGACGUCUGAGAAGGCGUUUCGGGCGCAGAUGGAGGUUGGAGGGGUCGCGGUGGCAAGGAAGCAUUUUCACUUCUGUGUGGUGACGCGGAGGCGGUCAAGGGGGGGAGAUGGGUGCGCUGCCAUGAUGUUCUCGACUGCGACCUACGGGCCGCUGAAUGGCGCCAAGUGCCGGACCUGCUCCUCCCCGUGUGCUGCUGGUGACGAGGCGGCGGCGCUGAUCAACACAGUGCGUGCCACGGGCGGCAUGUACCGCCACCCGUUGCCGCCCGGGCUGCAGCUGUGCGACGCGACGCAGGUGUGGGAGGGCGCGUGGGAGCGGCAGUUCGACCGGGAUGUGGAGCGGCAGCGCGGAGGGAAGACUCUCAGCGGGCAGCGCCGCAACAUUGGGCGGGUUGCUGCCAGCCUCGCACAUUGCACUGAGCAGUUUGAAAAGGUGAGCUGGUUUCUGCGGACUCUCAAGAAGCAGGCGUGGGAGAGCGCAUGGGAGGGCGCGUGGGAGCGGCAGUUUGAUAGCGAUGUGGAGCGGCAGCGCAGAGGGAAGACUCUGAGCUGGCAGCGCCGCAACAUUGGGCGGGUUGCUGCCAGCCUCGCACAUUGCACUGAGCAGUUUGAAAAGGUGAGCUGGUUUCUGCGGACUCUCAAGAAGCAGGCGUGGGAGAGCGCAUGGGAGGGCGCGUGGGAGCGGCAGUUUGAUAGCGAUGUGGAGCGGCAGCGCAGAGGGAAGACACUGAGCUGGCAGCGCCGCAACAUCGCCCGCGUUGCUGCCAGCCUCACACACUGCACGGAACAAUUCGAAAAGCUCAAGGCCAUGAGUGUGACGUGGGAGACGCCUCCCCCAGUGGCGGUGUGCAUCCGGGCGCAACUGGGGGAAAUGGAGCUGAUGGGCAGCAAGACCGGGCAGUUCAAUACCUUCACUUCGCUGCUCACUAGCAAGAGGUGUGGGGUCAAAGUGGGGGGUCAACUGGGGGAGGUGAGGGGUCAACUGGGGGAGGUGAGGGGUCAACUGGGGGAGGACCUCGUCUCCAUGGGGGCGUUAUCCGAGUUCGGCGGGGUUGGCGGAACCACCGCUUCCGCGGACUCAUCCGCGAUCGGCGGAAAGAAGCCCACGCCGGGGCGCGGCGGGGUCGUUCUGUCCGCGUCCCCGGAAGAAUCCCGCGUGCGCGCGAUCUCCGAGAUCGUGCGGGCGAUGAUCGACGGCGUGCGCGCGGGUCGCGACGUCAAUCUCAACGCGAUCAAAUCCGACGCGUCGCGAAAGCACGGGCUGUCGCGCGCGCCGAAGCUCGUCGAAAUCAUCGCCGCGGUUCCCGAGGAGCACCGCGACGCGCUGAUCCCAAGGCUCCGCGCGAAACCCGUUCGCACGGCCUCGGGAAUCGCGGUCGUAGCCGUGAUGUCCAAACCGCAUAGAUGCCCGCAUAUAGCGACGACAGGGAAUAUCUGCGUGUACUGCCCUGGCGGGCCCGAUUCCGAUUUCGAGUAUUCGACGCAGUCUUAUACCGGGUAUGAGCCGACUAGCAUGCGCGCGAUUCGGGCGCGAUAUCACCCGUACGUGCAGGCGCGCGGUCGAGUCGACCAGCUGAGGCGACUCGGACACAGCGUGGAUAAGGUGGAGUACAUCCUCAUGGGCGGCACGUUCAUGUCCCUCCCAGCGGACUAUCGCGACUUCUUCGUGCGCAAUCUGCACGACGCGCUCUCAGGCCGCUCCUCCGCGUCUGUUGCGGAGGCAGUGCAGUACGCCGAGCAUGCCGCCACGCGCUGCAUCGGCCUCACCAUCGAAACCCGUCCAGACUACUGCCUGGGACCCCAUUUGAGGCAGAUGCUAGCAUACGGGUGCACGCGGCUGGAGAUAGGAGUGCAGAGCACGUAUGAGGACGUGGCCCGGGACACCAACCGCGGCCACACCGUCGCUGCCGUCGCCGACUGCUUCUGCCUCGCCAAGGACGCGGGCUUUAAGGUGGUGGCGCACAUGAUGCCGGACCUACCCAGCGUGGGCAUGGAGAGGGACAUGGAGUCGUUCAGAGAGUUCAUGCACAACCCGGCCUUCCGCACGGACGGGCUCAAACUCUACCCCACGCUCGUCAUCCGCGGCACGGGGCUCUACGAGCUAUGGAAGACUGGCAGGUACCGCAACUACCCACCGGAGAAGCUAAUCGACCUAGUAGCGCGGAUCCUCGCCCUGGUGCCUCCCUGGACGCGCGUGUACCGCAUCAUGAGAGACAUCCCGCUGCCACUGGUGACGUCGGGAAUCGACAAGGGCAACCUGCGCGAGCUGGCACUGGCGCGCAUGGCGGAGCUGGGGCUGCGGUGUCGGGAUGUGCGCACGAGGGAGGCGGGCAUUCAGGACAUUCACCACGCUGUGAGACCACAUGACGUGCAGCUGGUGCGGAGAGAUUACGCGGCUAAUGAUGGCUGGGAGACAUUUCUCUCGUACGAAGACGUGACGCAGGAUAUUCUGGUGGGGCUGCUGCGGCUUAGGCGGUGCGGGGCGCACGUGACGUGUCCGGAGCUGAGAGGGCGAUGCUCCAUAGUGCGAGAGCUGCAUGUGUAUGGCACUGCUGUGCCCGUGCACACACGCGACACCGACAAGCUCCAGCACCAGGGAUACGGCACGCUGCUGAUGGAGGAGGCGGAGCGCAUUGUGCGAAUAGCACCCCCUCCCUAUUCCCCUCCCAUCCCCACCCCCCUCCACCCCCUAUUCGUGCUGUAA